GUAAUGCUAACCAGCGCGGCGAAAUGACUCCCAACGAGCCCGUGUUGUUGCAGCAAACGCUCAUACGGUUUCUUCAGAUUCUUGCGAGAUGCCAGAUAGCUGGCUAGCUGAAUAAACGAGUGUCCCUAUCGGUCCUCUGUUACGUCUCGGCCCCGGGUUUCAGAGCGAGGACGAAAUGACACAACUGAGCGUCCGCCGCUGGACGCCCAAACACGUCGCCAAGUGGCUGAAAGAAGAGGGCUUUUGUGACUAUGUGGACCUGCUGUGUAACAAGCACCGCCUGGACGGCACCAGCCUGCUCGCCCUCAGCGAGUAUGACCUCCGCUCGCCACCUCUGGAGCUCAAAGUGCUGGGGGACAUCAAAAGGCUGAUGGUGUCCAUCCGCAAACUGCAAAAACAGAACAUAGACCUGUUGGAGGAGCUCGGUCUUCCCUUUGACGGCCACUCUCCUACAGGCUCAGGAGGCAGUUUGGACUGGCUGUGUAAUGGAGACCCGGGCAGAGACUGUGACAGCACUGACACAGCACCAGUGGGAGAGGAGUAUCACCAGUACACUAAUGGAAAGUACAAGCAGCAGACAAGGCGCCUGGAUCCAGAGUACUGGAAGACGGUGCUUAGCUCCAUCUAUGUGGUGUUUGUGUUUGGGUUCACAUCCUUCGUCAUGGUCAUCGUGCACGAGAGGGUGCCUGACAUGCGCACAUACCCUCCACUGCCAGAUAUUUUCCUAGACAGCGUGCCUAGAAUACCAUGGGCCUUUGCCAUGGCUGAAGCAUGUGGGGUGAUCCUCUGUAACAUCUGGCUGCUGGUUCUGUUGCUCCAUAAACACAGGUCCAUUCUUUUGCGGCGCAUGUGCAGCCUAAUGGGGACGGUGUUCAUGCUGCGCUGCAUCACCAUGUUUGUCACCUCCCUGUCUGUGCCAGGACAGCACCUGCAAUGCUCAGGAAAGAUAUACGGUGACAUGUGGGCCAAACUGCAGCGAGCUGUAGCCAUAUGGAGCGGUUUUGGGAUGACCCUGACAGGAGUGCAUACAUGUGGUGACUACAUGUUCAGCGGCCACACUGUGGUUCUUACCAUGCUCAACUUCUUCGUCACGGAGUACACUCCAAGGAGCUGGAAUUUCAUUCACACGUUGUCCUGGGUCCUCAACCUCUUCGGCAUCUUCUUCAUCUUAGCUGCACACGAACACUACUCCAUUGACGUGUUCAUAGCGUUCUACAUCACUACCAGACUCUUCCUGUACUACCACACUCUGGCCAACACCCGGGCCUACCAGCAGAGUCGACGAGCACGCAUCUGGUUCCCCAUGUUCUCUUUCUUCGAGUGCAAUGUCAACGGGCCGGUCCCCAAUGAGUACGGCUGGCCUUUCUCUAGGCCCUCCAUGAUGAGGAGGCUGAUUGGAUAAUGAGCAGCGUCAGCAGUACUGUCAGACACUUCUUAGCUUGUGCUGUGUCUGUGUCUGCUUUGUGAAGUUGCCAACCGAGGUGGUGUGUGAUUAUCGUCAUCAAUAAAAAACAACCGAUGUGAUCCUGUUAUAGCACCGAAGCCUGAUGGGAUACACAGAGCCAUACCUUCUUAUAUUCUGGGACUUCUAACCUGCUCCCCAUCUGUCAAAACAACUCUACAUUCAUACGUUUGAAAAGUGAACACAGUGGAGAUAUAUCUCAUUUAUUGGUUGCUUAUUUUUCCUCUAAAGGGAUAUCAUUUUGUGUAGCAUGAACUGCGUUUUUUUUCCAGUACCUCGCAACUUAGAAACAUGUUCGCAUAGCACACGAUAAAAGGAAGCCACAUGAAAAGACUCUCAGGCAGUAGUCUACCUAAUCCUUAACAGCAGUUUGCUAAUUUUGUGCAAUUAUAAUUCCUGAUCAUUGCAAGGUUUGGAUCUGGAUUCUUGACUGGAAGU